AUGGCUUUGAACCUUGCUGCAGAGUGGGCUGGACCUGACCUGAUCCGGCGGCUCAUCCUGAGUGGCGCUGAUCCCAACAUCAAGAUUAUGGAGAAUAAGGAUGACAGAGUUCGCACUGAUAUAACGAUCAUCUCCACCGCAAGUCGAUGUGCGAACGUUGAUGCUCUUAAAGUCCUGCUUGGUUGUGCAGGCAAGGUUGGUGAUAUGGCAGACGCAGUAUCAAAUCGUGAUAGCUGGGGAAGCAUGCCGCUUCACUGGGCCUGCCAAGUCUCAACAGAAGAAAAUCCUCGCGAGAUGACUACAGAAGUCAAGGAGGAGAAACUGCAACGAAUCAUGACUACUGUUGACCUGCUACUGGGCUGCAACCCAGAGACGAUCAAUACACAGGACAUGUACGGGAACACUCCCCUACACUAUGCAGCCAAGACUUACAGCAACUGCGGAAGAAAGUACACGGCGAUAUAUCAGCUCCUAUGUGAUAGGGGCGCUGAUGCGAGUAUUCUCAACAAAAAGAGUGAAACAGCGCUCCAUUGCUUAUGUCACGACAAUGGAGGAUGGCCCAUCGAUACAGCAGCGAUAGAAAUUCUACUCGGGCAUGGCGCAAUAGUCAUGGGUACAGAGGAUAACGGCAAUACGCCACUGCACUUGGUUGUCAAGAACCUAGAGAAUCUCGAUGCCAUCGUGUUUCUUCUUGAUCAUGGUGCAGACAUAUGUGCCAAGAACCUGAAAGGAAACACGCCACUACAUGAGGCAGCGAGCGGAAUGUUCUGGCCUGGAGUAAUCGAAGAAAAGUACAAAUCUAUGGGAGAAAUACUUCGAAGGCUUCAAGGUGAUGAGGGAAGUCUGAUGGAUGAGCUGAAUGCAGAGGGAAAGUCUCCUUGGCAGAUUCAGAAUGAAAGAAGAAAGGACUUCUGGGAGAAAAUAGACGACAUUGAGAACGAAUGGAGGCGCUGGGAAUUAUAA